AAAAGCUAAAAAAAUAUUGCUUUUUGAAUUUAUUAUUUGUUUUUUUUCUCUCUCGGAAUUUUCAUGUUAACAAUUUUUUGUAGAGGGAAAUGUUCUGUAUUUUCACUUUGUUCAGCUAAUCACUAUACUGUGUUCUAUGUAGUCUAUUUGAAAUUGUCAAUGUGAAGAACAAUUGCAGAACUUUAGCUGUACUGUAUUAUCUAUUUGAUUCAAAUUAACUAAAAUAUGAUGUGUAUUUUUAAGUGCUUACCCACGACUCAGGCCAGGGGCGGAGUCGUGGAGCUAGGUGGAUUCUAGGGGUUCAGUUGAAUCUCAUUUCUCAGAUGAUUAUGAUAGGUAAAUAGGGGAAAAACAAAUGUUUUUUUGUAUACGUCAAAUGUUUAUAUAUCUCUAUGAGGUAUAGAUAAGGUCUGCAUAUACUUUACCCUCUUGUUGGACUACACUGAGUAUGUUGUUGUUAUCAAUCAUUGAAUUCCAUUGACAUAAGGAAGAUUCCAUUGACAUAGGUCUGCGUACAUUCUUGAAUUUUUUUUUAAUAGCCUUGUUAGAAUCCCUUGCUCUGCCUUUGGUCAUUCAAGUGUUGUUAAAUCUUUCUCUUAGAAUAUCUAAACCCAAAAUGCUGACUUAUUGGAGCAAGGGGGACCUUAGAGCUAUCUGUAGUUUACAAAAUAUUUCAAGUUAUGGGAAUAAAGGAAUUCUGUUGGGUUGUUACUUGCUGCUCCUUAUGUAUUGAGCUUACUUCAAAGUUGAUUUCCUUUUUCGACCCCUAAUCUGACCUCUUAGUGCCAUUUGGUUCAACGAAUCAGGUGGGUUAUCCCGGAACAAAUUUUGUGAUUAAAUUUAUCCCGUGUUUGGUUGGAGGUAUUAGCCAAGUUAGUAUUUUUUUUUUACCAAAAUCUUAGUAUAACUUAUCCCAUAUAGAAGGUGGUUUAGUUAUAAUCUUGAGAUAUCGGUUUGAACCAAAUGACCCCUUAGGAGAGGUUUUUGUACAAGCUAUUAUCAAGUGUCUGCAGAAUAGCUAGUUCUUUGAAAGCUCAUCUUCCAAUUGUACAUCUAUUCCUGGUUGAGGCAUUGUUUGUGAUACCAUAUACAUAUGUUUAUGCGUGUGGAUCAUAAUGUGGAUCAUUUGGAAAGACAGAAAUAGGAGGCCUUUGAAGGGGUGGAGAUGAACUUUGCUCGAUUGUGGAGUAGUCUUCAAUCCCUUAUAGUUUUUUUGGUGCACCCAAGUAACACUACUAUCGCAGUUGGAAUGUUUUCAAGACUUAACCAAAUGUAGGAUACUUUUCUAUAUCCAGAUAGCCCGGGCUCGAGAUGAAGCUAAGCAUACACAUUAGUCUUGUAAAUAUUUUGUAUCCUCACCAAGAUGUGUGUGGUAUAUUUCUGAGAAAAUAGCUCCGGAUGGUUUUAUUGUCUAGCUACACCUUGGCAUGCAUAAAAGACAAUUAAGUAGCUUUUAUUAAGUUUUUUUUUUUUAAUUUCUUUUUGUUUUUUUUUUGCAUCUUUUGACUUAGGUCGCUAUCUUAUGAUGUUCCUAGUACGCAUUAGUAGUACUGCUGAAAUUUGAGGUUAUGUAUUCAUAUUGAAGUGGACACAUGCAUGCAGAAAGCAUCUUACAACAUAUGGAUGAGGUUACAAUUUACCUUUGUCAUUUUGUAAUGCCUGAAAACAUUAAAAUAGCCUAUCUACCUUCAUAAGAUAUGGUUAAGGGCCGUGUAUCCACCCUCCGCGAUCCCACUUGUGGAAUUACACUGGUGUUGGUUUGUGUGGCUAACCUCUCAAGUUAAUGUCCUCCAAUCUUUUUGCUUUUGGUAUUGGUACCAAAGACGAUAAGUAUAGAUAAAACUGACCGUUGGGAACGUUGACGUUUUACUCUGGUUGAUAAGUAAACUAUCUUCCUAGUUCCUACGUCUUAGGGGACUUCAUAGUUCUGAAACCAGAUUUCUUUGCCAUAAGCCAGUGAUCUCAUAGGUCAUGUGUUUGAAGACUUGCUCUUUCUUUUUUCGAGUCUUCUACCUCUUCUAGACUCUAGCAUGUCUUUUGAUAAAAUUAUUGGGAAGUCCUAAUAAAAAGAAAAGUUUAUUGUGAACUAUCGAGCUUCACACCCUUGCUGGAGUGUUAACUUGGUAGAAAUGGAUAAUCCAUCAGAUGACUUCUCUGGAUAUAUCAUGCAGCUUCCUGACGAUUGUUUACUCUUUAUUUUCCAACACCUUGACUGUGGAUCUGACCGUGAAUCGUUUGGUUUAACCUGUCGUCGCUGGCUUCAAAUUCAAAAUCUAAAUAGAAGAUCUUUACAGUUCCAAUGCUCUUUCACUGUGCUUAAUUUUUCAUCGCUAUCUCAAACUAAUACUCAAAUCAGUACAUUACACUUAUAUAGGCUUCUGAACCGUUUCCAGAACCUAGAAUCAUUGUCUCUGUCCGGAUGCACUGAGCUUCCAGAUUCGGGUUUGUCUUUGUUACCACGUCAUGGAUCGAAACUGCGAAGUCUUCAUCUAGACUGCUGUUUUGGGAUAACUGAUAGUGGUCUUUCCUGCGUGGCAUCUGGCUGUUCUUUGUUGGUAAUACUAAGUCUUUACCGGUGUAAUGUUACAGAUUAUGGGUUAGAGGCCUUAUCUAAUUCUUGUCUGGCUUUAGAAGAUCUAAAUCUCUCGUAUUGCUCUCGAAUCUCUGAUUAUGGCGUAAAAGCUAUUUCACAGAACUGCCGUCAUCUUAGAGCAAUCAGGAUAUCCUACUGUAGAAAUCUAACUGGUGCUGGCUUUAAAGGAUGUUCUCAAACUCUGACUCAUUUGGAAGCCGAUUACUGUAGGCUUGAACCUAAUGGAAUACGGAGUAUCCUAAGUGGAGGUGGUGUUGAAUACUUGAGUGUGUCUAACUUGACCUGGUGCAUGCGUGUGAAUGGUCUGGUAGCUAUUAGCGUCGGAUUUGCUGCAAAGUUAAGAGUGUUGAAUUUCCGUUCCAGCAGAAUGAUUGGCAAUGAUUGUAUCAUGACAAUAGCAAAGGGUUGUCCAUCGCUUCAGGAAUGGAACUUAGCAAUAUGUCAUGAGGUCAAGAUAGCAGGUUGGGAAUCUAUUGCAUCACAUUGUCAUAACUUGAAAACGCUACAUGUGAAUCGGUGUAGAAAUCUUUGUGAUCGUGGACUGCAGGCAUUGAGGACCGGAUGCAAACGUCUCUCAAUUCUUUACAUCACCAGAAAUUCUCAGAUCAGUGGUGUAGCGAUGGAAAUUUUUAAACUUGCUAGAAGUAAUGUAGAGGUCAAAGAAGAAGAAGUAAUGUGCAUUUGCCCUCACGGAGCCUUCAGAUUUUAAUAGGUGACUAUAAUCUUCAGGUCUUAAGCUGUCAGGUCUCAGCAGACAUUCUGAUUUUACAGACUCGGGAGGAGAAACUGUUAUCCCAGUCGAUCCAAUUCGGAUUCCCUGGCAAAUUUUGGAAGAGAAAAUUUCAUGUUGUGUAUAAUAUCUUGUAAUGUUUUCUUCCAUAAGAAAAUAAGUGAUUCUAAUAAAUGCAUGAACAUACAAUGAAACAGUUGCUUGGUGCAAAUUCCAGAACCCACACUCAAGAGGUAUAGCUCUUCAUGUGGCAUGUAGGCCACAAUGCAGAACAAUUGUUUGAUUCAGGAUAAAAUGAAAGGAUUGGUAUAUUGAAUCAUAGGGAACAUUAUAAUUAG